AUGGAACAAAUGCUUGCGGCGCUGACUGAAACUGUGACACAACAGCAAAGACAACAACCUUUGCCCCCUCCACCCCCACCGGCACAAGCUGAAGCAGAUGAUAAUAACAUCAUCAACUUGACUCAGAAAUUCAUGAAGAUGAAACCACCAACGUUCUUUGGUGGAAUUAAACCAUUGAAAGCAGAAACAUGGUUGCUCGAAAUGGAAAAACUGUUUGAAGUAUUUCCCUGUACCGAGAUUCAUAAGGUUUUAUUGGCCACCUAUACUCUAAAAGACGAAGCUCAAAGAUGGUGGUUACUGAUUCAGAAUACCAAUGGGAACAUGAUGUGGACUGGAUUUAAUGAGAUCUUUUAUGAAAAGUAUUUUCCUCAAUAUUUUCGGGAUCGAAAAGUGUCUGAAUUCCAAGAACUUAAACAAGGCAGAAUGUCUGUAGCCGAGUACGAGGUAAAGUUCACCGAAUUAGCUAGAUUUGCUCCUCAUAUGGUGGACACAGACUAUAAGAAAGCUUGCAAAUUUGAGGGAGGGUUAAACUUGGACAUAUUUGAUCGAGUUGGGGUACUAAAGUUGCCAACAUACGUGCAAGUUCUUGAUAGAUCUUUAAUGGCGAAAGUCACCCUAGCCCCUAUGAAGCAAAGUAAGGCCCCAACAGCAACAAUUGAUUGGAGAGGAAAAAGGUCUGGGUAUGGUUUCAGAAAAGACCGUUCUCAUGUAAAUAAGAAACAGAAUACGGGAUUUACAAGCAGUUCGAGCCAGAGUAGUGGGUCUAUUCCAGUUUGUCCUGAUUGCGGAAGAAGGCAUAGGGGUGUAUGCUACCGAGCAUCUGAUGCUUGUUUCCAAUGUGGCAAGACGGGUCACAUGGUGAAAGAUUGCCCACUUGGGUCUGAGAACACCAGCCAUCCUAUGAUGAGUUCAGCCGGUAUGGAAACUAUAUCUGUGGUUAAUGAAUUUCCUGAUAUCUUUCCAAAUGAUUUACUCAGAGACUUAAUUGGUAGGGAAAUUGAGUUUACCAUUGAUGUUGUACCCGGGACACAAGCGAUUUCUAAAACCCCAUACUGA